AUGUACGGAUGGGGAGAAAACGUUCAUCCAACACUCAAGCAUAACUUCUCCACGUACCGUACAUGGGGUAUGCUAGCAAGAGACGAACCUCCAAAUUCGGUCGGCAUAGACACGAAAAACCUCUACGGUGUACAUCCUUUUUAUAUGAUUCUCGAGCCGGACGGCAAUGCUCACGGUGUAUUAAUUUUAAACAGCAAUGCACAGGAAGUAAUAACAGCUCCGGGUCCAGUGCUGAUUUAUCGAACUAUUGGCGGUAAUUUGGACAUGUAUUUUUUCCCGGGACCAACUCCUGAAGAAGUAACCCAGCAGUAUCUGGCUCUCAUUGGAACACCUUUCCUCCCAGCAUACUGGGCGCUAGGCUAUCAAGUAGGGCACUUACAAGUUCUUCAGAACUUCUUCUUCUUUCCACUUAAUCGUGCUAUUGCGCUGCUAUUACUGAUCUUAUUUUCGAUAUCUCGGUACGGCUACAAGGAUCUAAAUGAAAUGACCGAAAUAAUAGCCAGAAAUAUGAAAGCCGGAAUUCCAUUGGAUACUGCAGUGGCCGAUAUUGACUACAUGGAGAGAUACAAGGAUUUCACUACUGGUCAGAAUUGGUCGGGAUUGUCAGACUACGUGCAGAAACUGCACAGUUGGGGAAUGCGCUCGAUUCUCAUUUUCGAUCCAGCAAUCCAAGUUGACUACGAGUCCUUCCAAAGAGGAAUUACUGCGAAAGCUCGAUUCAUAGAAUGGGAACGUGCGGACCAAGUCAUGCGGUCAAUC